UCAAAGCUUGUGAUUGGUCAUGUUUACCAAAGGUAGUUUGUACGAAUUGCAGGCUACGUUACUUCAACGAGGACCCGGUUCACAUGCACACAAUCAGAGAACUCCGUACAUGUACUGCGCAGAGCGCUCUGCCGGAACCUCAUUUUCACAUCAUAUACCGCAACCAUCGUUAUUCUGAGUUUAAUCGUCGCAAAAGCAAGUAGCAGUGAACUUAUAGCAGUGGAUAGACGAAAAAUUUUUUCAAGGGAAAUUAAGCAAACAUUAUUUGCAAUAGGAUAUCAAGAUGAACCGACCAAAGCGUGCUAUCGCCAAGCCAUCUCGUUAUCAGACGACUUCAUCAGAAGAUGAAGCUCCAAGACAUCCAAGAAAGGCAUGUGGUCCGACAGAUGCGGACAUCAACGAGGAUAUUAAUGACUUACGAGGGAUUUUAGAAGAUAAUCCUACAAAUAACACACAAGAAAAUGAUAAUACCUUUUUCAGAGUCACAAACUUAUUCACAAUUUUCAGAAAUCCCUAUAAACGCAUCAACACACACAUACAAUCAUCAACCAACAUACACAACACUUCCCACCACUUCACACACUCAAUAUUUAUACUAAUAGUUAUUAAUUUUUUAAAUUCAUCUAUUCCUACACAUAAAGAUAGAGUUUAUAAUAAUAUAACAUAUAAUAAUAAUAUAAUAUUGCUGAAACUCAGUUUCAGCAAAAUGCGGAACAAUCAAACUAUGGGUCUAUACGUUAUCCAGAUGAAAUGGUGUGGAGAAUUAAAGAGGAUGAAUACUUUACUUGAAAAAGUUUUGAAGUGCGUAAAGAAUCAUCGAAGUGUACCACGCAAGCCUGCAGUCCUCCCCAUAUCCUCAUUGAGAGACAUGGAUGACUUCGAAAACAUUGACGAAGUUAUCAUUACACCGAUGUUACAUCUACUAGACAUCCACAGUUCCGCAUUUCUUCCUUCCAUUCGAUAUCUAUUAGACGUAUUUAUAGAUGUCACAUGGACGUUACAUGUUUGCAGGUGUUUACUGACAAGAUAUAAUUGCUACUUUAACAUUUCUUCCUUUUUACUCUUUCCCCUCCCCUUCUGUCUCUCAUUUUUAUUUCUAUGUUUCUUUGCUGUCUGUUCUCACAUACAUACAUGCUCACUACACGCACGCACGCACGCACGCACACGCGUAUUUUGCCACUUAUUCAAUAAACUUUUUAUAUAUAUGUUAACAUUAUUUUAUCUGUAUUUACUUUCUUUCUUUAGGAAUUAUUUUCAUUAUAUAGGCGGUUUCAAUUUAAAAAAAACAAUCAAUCUUUGUUUAAAGGAAGCUGUAAAGGAUUCGUUAACAUUAUCAUUUACAUGGUGGGGCCGCGAAGGAGGACAAAAACAGUUAUAUAAUGCAAGUGUAAUAAUAGCUCUUUAUGAGGUUAUGUGCAAUAAUCAACACUUUCCGAAGCCGACUAGGUCGGAAUUCCAGGUCUAUGCAAAGGAAGUUCUGCGGGGAGCAAAAGAAAGAGCCAGGAGCAAGCUACGUGGUCCACGUGCGCACGUGCGAAACCUCGGAAUCAUGAUUUCUGGAGUGAUGAUCGAGAGCCAGAAGAAAAUGAUUAAUAAUGAUAAUUAAUCUUCAACUAGAGGAAAACAUCCAUCAGUAGAAUUGCAACGGAGGAUGACGGAAGACAACGGAGGACAACGAAGGAUGACAAAGAACAACCAAGUACGACGGAGAACGACGAAGAAUAAAGGACGGCGUCCGAGGACGAUGGAAAACAGACGAUGGAGAAUGACGGAAAUAAAAAAUUAAAUAAAAGGAUAUUACUUUUUUUUGUUUUGGUUUAUAUUUGUUAAUUUUGUUUUUUUUUGUCUGUUUGGAUCUAUCGGAGAAGAUUCAAGAAGAUGCUAAGUGGACUUUUUACUUUGGUGGCCGGAAGACUUCUUUUUAUUUUAAUGAAAAAAAAUUA